AUGGCCGUCGAUCUUCAAGAACUGGACGCGCAUGAGCAGCCUUCCGAUGAACUGAGAGCCACCUGGAAAUCUUAUUACAGGACCGACCAUAGCGGUUUCGUGGACCAUCCAGAUGUUGACGAUUUUCAUACCCCCGACAAGGCCGCAGAACUGCAACAGUCAGGUGUUAUACCAGCUGACAAGUUGGCAUCAGCAUUUCAGCAAGUCGAGGGCCCCCAUUGGGAUCCCAAUCAAGUAGUACAAGAUGCACCAGUCUAUUUCCAUCCACUACUACCCGGUCUACUCAUCGUGCCCUCCCUCAUGCCGCCCAGCACUCAAAAGGCACUUCUAUCCCGCAUGAUUCAUCGGGAUCUCAGCAAUCCGGCACACCAAACAAACCUCCAUCUUCAUUAUGAGCUCCCAUACAUACAAGGAGAAUCUGGCGCAGACCGUUCAUUCUUCUCUCUGGCCCCAGACUCACCCACCACAUUCACCCCAAAAGAUCCAAGUGUACACAAGCCUCUUACCAUUAAACAAGUCUUGGACAAGAAACUCAGUUGGGUAACCUUGGGUGGUCAGUAUGACUGGACCAACCGGGUAUACCCCGAGCAGAGGUCUCUACAAUUCCCGCCUGAUAUUGCCAAAUUUCUCGAGACACUGUUCCCCGAGACACAAGCACAAGCAGCCAUUGUCAACUUUUACAAGACGGGAGACACCAUGAUGAUGCACCGAGAUGUGAGCGAGAAGGCCAACAAACCACUGGUCAGCUUAAGCAUUGGUUGUGAUGCCCUAUUCAUGAUCGCACCAAACGAUUACGCUGAGCGCAUUGCCAAUCCCGAUAAGGACAGCUCCCAAAAGCCUUACUUGUUGCUUCGUUUGAAGUCUGGUGACGCCAUUGUCAUGACAGAAGAGUCUCGCUAUGCCUGGCACGGUGUUCCUAAAGUGCUGAAAGGAACUUGUCCGGAUUUCCUUGCCGAUUGGCCUGCCGAAGACGGGAAGUACGAGCAGUGGAAGGGUUGGAUGCAAAACAAGCGCAUCAACCUCAACGUCAGACAAAUGAAGGAAUAG